AUGACGUCUGGGGAGUCCACCGUCGAAAGAGAGUUCGAUCUGUUCGUUAAUUCAAGGAAAAUCAUGGCAGAAGGCGAAUUUUAUCUUCGGAAGUGGCAGUCGAAUUCACCGCAACUACGGUGCCUCAUGCAAGGUUGCGACAAACUCUCUGAACGCGAAGCGAGUCAUCAAGUAACAAAGGGCAGUUUCCGAGAAGAAGAUGACACUUAUGCAAAAAACACCAUUGGAAUGGAUAAUGCAGCAUAUUCUCAGUGCGAACAGAAGGUUCUUGGAGUUAAUUGGAAUUACCUUGAAGACUGUUUGAUUUUACCACUCAAACCCUUAGCACAGUUGGCCUGCGAGUUGCCACCAACGAAACGAAGCAUCUUGAAGGUCGUG